CUGCGACUAUGUCAUGGAAAAAGAAGAAAAUUAAUUGUAAUUUCAAGCCAUACCGAACAUUAUAGGUUAAAGCAGCCGCUGACAUUGACAGAAAAAAUUCUGUACUCACAUUUGGAUCAGCCAGAAACAGAAUCGAUUGAACGUGGAGAAUCUUAUCUUCGGCUGCGUCCGGAUCGUGUUUGCAUGCAAGAUGCCACAGCACAAAUGGCCAUUUUGCAAUUCAUCUCCUCUGGACUUCCAAAGGUGUCCCAUACUUUUUCAUUCCCUAAAAAAAUCAACAAAGAAGUCUUUGACUUCUUAGCGUCGGCUUCGAACAAGUUCGGUAUAGGUUUCUGGAGUCCCGGCUCAGGCAUCAUUCAUCAGACUUUCUUCGAGAAUUAUGCUUUUCCUGGGCUUUUAGUUAUUGGAACAGACUCUCAUACUCCUAAUGGAGGUGGACUCGCUGGUCUGUGCGUUGGAGUGGGCGGUGGCGACGCCGUAGAUGUGAUGGCUGGCAUACCAUGGGAGCUGAAGUGCCCAAAAGUUAUCGGAGUAAAUUUGACAGGAAAGCUUUCUGGAUGGACUGCCCCCAAGGACAUUAUUCUCAAGGUAUGCGACAUACUCAAAGUAAAAGGUGGCACCGGUGCCGUUGUCGAAUACUUUGGUCCUGGAGUAGAAUCCCUUUCCGCCCCUGGUAUGGGAACUAUCACUAACAUGGGUGCUGAGGUUGGAGCGACGACCUCAGUGUUUCCGUACACU